AUGGCACCACCGUCGCCCUCAUACACUAAGGUCAUCCACUCCGCCACCUAUGAUGGCAUCAAUCCGACUCAGCCCGGCCUCUCCUCUGCGGGCAAGGUUGUGUUGAUCACUGGCGCAUCUGGCGGCAUCGGCCGGGCCACAGCCUUAUCCUUUGCUGCAUCAGGCCCCCGAGCCCUCAUCCUCCUCGGUCGACGCGCCGACGCCUUAGCAGAAACUGCCAACAUUGUACAUGUCAGGCAUGCAGAGGUGCUUAUCCAAACUUACGAGGCUGAGCUAUGUGAUGCUGCGAGUGUCCGAAAUGCUAUGGAUAAGGUGGCUGCCGAGUUUGGCGGCAUCGAUAUUGUUAUCCACUGCGCUGGCGUGCUAGCCCCCGUUGUUCCACUUCUGGAUGCCGACUCGGCUACUUUUCUGGACGGCUAUAAGACUACCGUCGUCGGUUCGUUGGUGACCGCACAGGCUCUAGUCUUGGCAAACAAGAACGUAAGCCCCGACGAGGAUAAACCAGUCACAUUGGUCAAUCUUACGACAGCGGGUAUCAUAUUUCCCCUGUUCCCCGGCAUGGGCGCCUAUGUGAGUAGUAAGAUGGCCGCUGUCAAGAUCCUACAGUCCUUCGCUGUCAAGAACCCGCAAGUACGGCUUCACAAUGUUCAUCCCGGAUUCCUCCAAACAGCUAUGUCUGCUAAGCUGUCAGAGUCAAUCAAAUUACCGUUCGCCUUUGAUGAUAUCUCCCUUCCCGCAGACUUCCUUGUCUGGAUUGUAUCCCUCGAUGCAGAAUUCCUUAAGAACAAGAUAGUCUUCGCUUCCUGGGAUAUUGAGGAGCUCAAGGCUCGUAAGGAGGAGAUUGUCGGUGGCCCGUCGGGCACUGGUGAGCUCUGGCUCGGCUACCAAGGAUUUCCGCGAUUUGUGGGCGGCCAGCCUUUGCCAGGCACUCAGUAG